AUGGUUUGGGACAUGUUGGUCCAGGAAGACUUGGGCUACGAUGUACGAUUCGUCGGCUCUAAGACCAACAACGCACGCAACUGCCGGGCUCGAUCAGGAACAUUCGACCUUCACCAUGAGGGCCACCAUGGCGUACUUUCCGUCAAUGUCGCGAAUCAUUAUCUCGAAGGAUGGCUGGCCAGUAGCAAGCCCGAAAUCGUACAAAUCAUGCUUGGGACGAAAGACGUUAGUCUAGGUCGGCCAACGAGCGACAUCAUCGACUCUUACACGAAGAUUAUUGAUCUGAUAAGGGCAUCCAACCCUCGAGCAAAGAUUCUUGUUGAUCUUUUGAUUCCGAUAGCUCUCGAUCUGGACCCUGUUGGCAUUGACGCUCUCGACCCUGUUGGCAGUGACACACUCGACACACUCAACAAGCGCAUCCCAUCAUGGGUUGACACACUCAAUAAACGCAUCCCAUCAUGGGCUGAAGAAAAGAGCUCUGCUGAUUCUCCCAUCACAAUCGCUGACUGCUCCACGGGGGCUGGCUAUACACUCGACAUGAACAGGGACGGAAUGCAUCCAAACGUGACAGGAGACGAGCUGAUAGCAAACCAAAUUGGACCUCUUCUAGUGAGAUACGUCAGGGAUGUUAUUGCUGAGCGGCAGCGUAGCGAUUUGUUGGGUCCAGACCGUUCGGGAGAAGGGAAUGAAGAACUUAGAAAGAUCCGGAACUUGUAA